AUGGCUACUACUACUAGGCCUAUCAGCAGUCAUUAUCCAACCCUUGUGGAGGAGACGAAGAAGAUCAACCGUGCGGACUCAGCGAUGAGUGGAGCAGCUACACCGAGCACUGUUGGGGACCUUACCCCGGGGCUCAGGGCUCGCCUUGAUUCUAACGACCCUUUCUGGGGCCUAGACUUCACUCAGGAGAUGGCGACGAAGGCCUUGAAUGAGGAAAUUGAGAGGAGAGCGCACAGGGAAGAUUUUAAAGAUACUCACACUACGUGGAGACUGCAUCCGGACGAUGUGGACCUGGUUUGUAUUCUUCCAGAAGGAGUAGAAGAUUCCGAUGGUUAUGUUAUGAAGUUCGCCGACUUUGACUUAAAUGUGUUAUUUGAUGACCACACCUUGGAGGUGUUUGAAGUGGAGAGGAAUCUAUGGGAGAUAGAAAUGUUUGGUCCCAUCUCUUUGAAGAGUAAAGGGUUGUUCAUGCCUGAUCCGAUUCAAGAGGAAAGGUUUGUUACUCAUGGUCUUGACUAUGACAACAUCGAUGAGAGCGAAUUGUGCGACUUCUGGCAGUGUUGGACACUGAGUCCGAUCAAGGCCGUUGAUAUUGUGAAUGCAGUUGAGGAGGUCCUCAAGGACCCGGUGUACGUCCUGGCUAUUGACUCAUCGAUUAUACGAGGAGCUCAUUGGCUCAGCCUCAUCCGCCCUAAGGUCCUUGUUAGGUUGCCAUUGGUACUCAGUAGUUCGCAGAGUAUUGAUAUCACUCAGCCAGAGGUGUCCAUAUCAUCGAUGGUCUCAGUACUGGUCGGAGGGGCUAAGCUGGCUCACUUGAAUGCCCUCUUGGUACGGUUGAAGCAUCACGAGUUGGUGGAGGCGGAUCCUAGGGUAGUUGAAAAGUAUAAAUGGUGUGGUAUGAAGCAGAGAGUACUAGAUCGUUUCCCUGCUGAUGCAUGGCCUACCUGUAGGUGGAUCGGUCCGGUAGAGAAGUUGUAUGUUGUGGCUCAAGUGGUAUUCGUAAGGGACCGCAGUGCUAUUAAGGAUAUUGUCAAGGACGCUCAUAUUUCGUGGCGCGCGGUCAGCGAUGUGGGACAGUGUCCGGGUCUAGCGGUGGCUCGUGGGGCUACAGCGGCCAGAGUGCUACUAUUCGAGGAUUCGAAGGUGUUAGAGAUGGCGUGGUAUGAGUUAAGCGCUUUGGCUCAAGAAGUGGCUACUAUGGUGGUCUCCUCUGCAUUGGAUUCUCCCUGGCCUUGUCAGAAGCCACCACCAGCCCCCCAAACUGGGACUACCUUCUCACACCGAUUCGAGAGGGAACCCUGGGUCCCGCUGUCGAGGCUAAGUUCCGUCUAUGCUGGCUCCGCUACGGGACCGUUGAUGGUUGAACAUUGGAAGGAUAAAGAACCGAGUGAGUACACUGUGCUGGUUGAAAGGCUCCAUGCAGGGGUAGAGGGGGGAAGGAUCUAUACGGGCCCAAGGCCCCUCACACAUUACUCCGAUUAUGUGGCCGUGCGGGUGUAUGAUAUGCUAACUGGUAUAGGGGCAUUGAUGGGUCUUGUCAAACCUGGGUUGUGGGUGGAUGCCUAUUGGCUACAGUGGCGGUCGCCUCGCCCGACCCCUAAGGUGUCGUCAUACGGUUCGGAUAGGUUCGCUUGGAAGCAACCAGGGGUAGCUGCAUGUGAGACUAUGUGUGUGAGGGCUCCUCGAGCACCACCAUGUAAGAGGGUUAUCGAUGCUAUUGGCUCGGCCGGCGCCAUACCAGUAGACCAUCUGGCUUCCUACAUUGAGAUGAAAACUAUAGAACGCUCCUCUUGGUCCUAUAUGGCUUUGGAUAAACUAGCUCACCGUGUGGUGUUGGUGAUGAAAUGCCUGGGUGUGUUGGUGAUGAUGUAUGCUACUCUCCCGACUCAGGAGGGCCACUUACCUUGUAUAGGGCCAGUAUCAGUCUACACUUGUGGUAUUCUGUCUAUGGCCUGGGCUUCUGGUAGAGGGAUUUGGUUGGGUGUACUAGGGACAUGGUUCAAGGUCCCGACAAGCCUUACAGGGGAGUGGCCGGUGGACGACUAUGUCUUAGUCUUAGCGAUCACCACAUUACUCUCCCCAUCGGGCCUCCCUGCUGCAUUAACCUUCCCAACUACCCCUGAAUGGGUCGUGGGCAUUCAAGCGCUGUGGCUGUACCUGCUGGGCUCAAUCCUUGGCAAUCUGCUGCUGUGCCGUGAGAUGCAGGGACAGGCUGGGGUGGCUGCGGUGUUAGGGUAUAUGCUUGGGAAGAAGCUCAUGAAUGUUGGACAGGCUCCGAGUAUUUGGGAGGAUAAUCGGAUGCUUUUGGUGAGGACAUUGGUAGCAAAGGCGAUUCUGAAGGUGUAUGUCGGCCGUUAUAAGGAAGUUACAGGUGAGUAG